AUGCCUUCACCACUAUCAGACCCCGUCAAACUGCCAUGCGGUCUUGUCCUACCAAACCGCCUAUCAAAGGCUGCAAUGGCCGAAAUGAUGGCCAAAUCCCACCAUCCAGACCCUCUCUACGAGGCCUAUGAAAAGUGGUCCACCGGCGGCUGGGGCAGCAUUCUAACCGGCAACGUCCAAGUCGACAUCAACCACCUAGGAAGCCCCUUCGACCCAGCCCUAGACGGCGAAUACACCGGCCCAGACGACGAAAACAAGGCCCUCGUAGCCCGCUGGACCAAAUAUGCCACGGCCUGCCAACAACACGGCACGCCCGCCCUAGCCCAAAUCUGCCACCCAGGACGACAGUCAUUUCGCGUCGCAGGCAAGCGUGGGAUUUUCGCAAACACAAUCGCCCCCUCCGCGGUCCCAAUCUCAGUAGGAAACUCGUGGCUAGAGUGCCUUAUCGGUGCCAUUGCCUGGACAAAGCCGCGUGCCAUGAGCACAGCCGAGGUGCAGAGGGUUAUCUCCCAAUUCGUCGAUACAGCGAGGCUCAUGGCUGACGCGGGCUUCUCGGGAAUCGAGCUGCACGGUGCGCAUGGUUAUCUCAUCGACCAAUUCCUAAGCUCAAAGACAAACCUCCGAACCGACGAGUUCGGCGGCACGCCCGAAAAACGCGCGCGCUUCGUCCUGGAAAUCAUCAAGCAGACCCGCGCAGUCGUGCCGAGCACCUUUGCCAUCGGAAUCAAGCUCAACUCGGCAGAUCACAGCUCCGCGACCUUUGAAGAAACAAUGGCCCAAAUUGCCCUUCUUGUCGAGGCAGGUAUCGACUUUAUGGAAAUUAGUGGCGGGACUUAUGAAGAUCCCCAGAUGAUGGGGUAUCCUAAGUCGGAGAUCCCGGUUAAGUCAGAGCGUACGGCUGCGCGCGAGGCAUUUUUCCUUGAAUUUGCAAAGACUGUUCGCGGUAGACAUCCUGAUCUGAUUCUUAUGUUGACGGGUGGGUUCCGGACAAGGGCCGGGUGUGUUGCUGCCAUUGAGGAUGGAGCUUGUGACCUUGUGGGUAUUGGUCGACCUGCUGCUGUUGAGCCUGCUUUCCCGCAGUUGCUUUUGGACGAGAAUGUUAAGGAUGAAAAGGCCGCGCUGCCCCUGAUUAAGGUGCCGCCUCCUUGGUAUGCGAAGUUUUUGCCCAGAAACCUUAUCGGGGCUGGGGCUGAGACUACUUAUUAUGCGGGGCAGAUUCAGCGCUUUGCUCGGGGCCUGGCUACUUAUGCGCCGGCUCUGUGA